AACGAAUCUGGUCCGCUAAUCUGCCCGCCUCCGCGUUUCCUGAAAGCGCGCGGCGGCGAGAGGAGCGUAAGCGGCGACAAGCAGAGAGAUGGCCGGCGGUGGCGCCGCCGCCGCCGCGUCGGCGCUUUCGAGCCCCUGGAGGGCGCUGCUCCAGCGAGCGUUGGACGCCAACGCCCACCUCAGGCACUCCACCUACUUCCAACUUGCCACGGUGGGCGCCGGCGGCAGGCCGGCCAAUCGCACCGUCGUGUUCAGGAGUUUCCAGGAACAUUCUGAUAAGAUUCAGAUUAACACGGAUGCCCGAAGCAACAAGAUUGCUGAGAUAAGGAAUUGUCCCUUUGGAGAGAUUUGUUGGUACUUCACAGACAGCUGGGAGCAAUUCCGUAUCAGUGGAAGCAUAGAUGCGAUUGAUGGCUCCAGUGCAGACCCUGCCAAACUCCAGAACAGGGAGAAAGCCUGGUUCGCGAGCUCAGUGAGGUCAAGAUUGCAGUACUUGGGACCUCAGCCAGGUGUUCCCAUUAUAGAUGAGGAGCAAGUUAAGGAUGUUCAUCUGGAUCCAUCAGCUGUCCCAGCAGAAGCCUUUUGCCUUCUGGUUCUUGAUCCAGAAAAGGUUGAUUAUUUGAAUCUAAAAAACAACCAAAGGUUGAUAUUCACAAGAAGCCAAGAGGAAGAUGGCUCCAUUGAUUGGAUGGCUGAAAAAGUUACUCCAUAAACUGCUCUUAGAAGUUUGUUUGUGAACUUCUUAAGGUGCACUGGUGAGCAGAGCUCAAGCCGUUGGACGGUUGGAUAACUUCAGGUAAUCUGGGCAGGUCUUGAAUGCGGCCUUCCAAACCAAAAGCUGGUCGCUGUCAUUCUGCAAAGCCAAUAGCCAAAGCAGACACAUCACAUGACAAGCUUGUGGCUGCAGUGGUCAGUGGGUGCUCGUCUCCGUAUCUGAUUAUGAACAGUUUGAGAUGAAAAAUGUGCCAAUAGGAUUUUGUCACGCAAAAGCAAAGAUGAAGUGAGCUAUUGUGGUCAUGUUCUGCGUGAGGCCCCAGCUGCAACUUGGAGUGCAUAGUAUGUUUUGGUGAUGUCAAGUCUAGAGCCUUUUAUUUUUUUGGACCAUAUGACCAUUGGUUCAUAUUGACCAGUAUAGUUCUGCAGACUGGGUCAUGUAGCACUUGCAAUAACAGAUAACCAUGAACAACCUUUCAGAAAUCAGUAUCUGUCGAGUCCAACUCCAUUGCACUGA